UGACCAGCGAGCGCUGGCCGAGGAGAGCAUGCUGAGACCCGCAGCGUGAGCAGCUGCGCCGCGGACGCGUCUGCGUGGGCUUCGUGCGCGCGCGCGCGUACGUGCGUGUUCGAGAGCAACCCCCGCGACCCGAGCCACUCGGCUUCCGAAGCGAGCGAGACCUUCCAGGGCAGGCGCACAUGGACAUGGCAGAAGUGGGAGGCUUCCUCGGGGUGCUCGAUCUGGAUCUACAAGGGCUGCCGGCGCUGGGGAGCGCGGCCGUGGGGCUCAACGAGAGGCUGGGCCAGAUCGAGGGCAGGCUGCAGCGGGGCUCCCUCACGGACUUCGGCCACCUCCAGGGCAUCCUGAGGCGGCGCCAGCUCUACUGCCGCACGGGCUUCCACCUGGAGAUAUUCCCGAACGGCACGGUGCACGGGACCCGGCAGGACCACAGCCGAUUCGGGAUCCUGGAGUUCAUCAGCCUGGCAGUGGGGCUGGUCAGUAUCCGAGGGGUGGAUGCUGGACUCUAUCUGGGAAUGAAUGAGAAGGGCGAGCUCUACGGGUCGAAGAAGCUGACUGCCGAGUGCGUGUUCCGGGAGCAGUUUGAGGAGAACUGGUACAACACGUACGCCUCCACUCUGUACAAGCACGCGGACACAGGCCGCUACUACUACGUGGCCCUGAACAAGGACGGCUCCCCAAGAGAGGGAGGGAGGACUAAAAAGCACCAAAAGUUGACGCACUUCCUCCCCCGACCUGUGGAGCUAGAGAAGAUCCCGCAGUCCUACAGGGACUUGUUCCAGUACAGGUGACGAGGACAGGGGGCGAGAUGAGGAGAGGGUUGGGGAGGGUUCGGCGACCCCCUCCGAGCCUGGCUCACCUGGUGGUGUUUAUGUUUAUCUCCUGCACUCACUAACAGCCACCAGCGUAAACACAGUGUGUGUGUUCCCGGAUGAACCCGCUUCCUCUUUUUAAUGUGUUUCAAACCGCAGCGCGACCGGGACAUUCCUUUCAGUCAUGGAUGCCAACGGACAUCAGGCAGGAAGCAAUCGCACCCAUGGCUGCUUAACCUAAUAUGUUGCUUUGAGAACAUUUUCAAUGGAAAUCAGCUCAAUAUUGUUGACUGAUCAGGGAUCAGCUUUUGACAAAGCCACUGAAGGGGCUAAAGCUCCUUGAGCACCAGUAGAUCCUCCAAGAUGAGCACAGAGGUCAAUAAACCGGAGGCACUGAGAGCAGGUCUGUCUGGGACACCACAUUCCUCACU